UGUGUUAUUUUCGAAAAUGGCUGACAGAAUGGAGACCACACCAACCAGCACAAUGGAAAAUGGCACCGCCAGUGCGAAUGCGGCCGGCGUCCCAGUGGAUGAGAUGACAUCAAAAGACUACUAUUUUGAUUCAUAUGCACACUUUGGCAUUCACGAGGAAAUGUUGAAAGAUGAAGUGCGGACGUUGACGUAUCGUAAUUCGAUGUAUCACAACAAACACUUGUUCAAGGGAAAGGUGGUGCUAGAUGUUGGAUGCGGGACCGGUAUCUUGUCGAUGUUUGCUGCCAAGGCUGGAGCUAAGAGGGUUAUUGGGAUUGAGAUGUCAAGUAUAGUUGAGCAUGCAGAGAAGAUCAUCGCUUCAAAUAACUUGUCUGAAGUGAUAACGGUAGUGAAAGGCAAAGUGGAGGAAGUGUCCUUACCCGACGGCAUCGAAAAAGUUGAUAUUAUCAUCAGCGAGUGGAUGGGCUACUGCUUGUUUUACGAAUCCAUGCUGAACACAGUCUUGUAUGCUAGAGAUAAGUGGCUGGCCUCUGAUGGUCUCAUCUUCCCCGACCGAGCCACCCUGUUCGUCACCGCCAUUGAGGACCGCCAGUACAAGGACGAGAAGAUCAACUGGUGGGAUAACGUCUACGGGUUUGAUAUGAGUUGUAUCCGAGGUGUCGCCAUUACAGAACCACUCGUUGACAUUGUCGAUCCGAAGCAAGUCGUAUCAAAUUCGUGUCUGGUGAAAGAAGUUGACAUGUACACCGUGAAACUGGAAGACCUGCACUUCACAGCGCCAUUCCAUCUACAGUUGCGGAGAAACGACUAUGUCCAAGCCCUGGUCACAUUCUUCAAUAUCGAAUUCACCAAGUGUCACAAGCGGACAGGUUUCUCGACAGCCCCUGAGUGUCCAUACACACAUUGGAAACAGACCGUCUUCUACUUAGAAAACUCAUUAACUGUGAAGAAGGGAGAGGAACUAUUUGGAAAUUUCCACUGUAAACCAAACAAAAAGAACAAUCGGGAUCUUGACUUUACGAUCGACAUUGAUUUCCGUGGUGAGCUGUCUGAGGCAGUGGAGACGACCAGUUACAAGAUGCGUUAAGUCCAACCGAGAGAAAAAAGUAACCAGUUUCUGACGCCCUUGGAGAACUGAUGGAGCAGAAGACAAGAAGUUGGUUGAUUUGGGAACAUCAUUUGGGUUCAGUAUCCGAAUCCUCUUGUAUAGAUUUACGAUUUUAAAACUUGUGGUCAUUCUGGUCACUUUCAAUCUGUGACUUGUUAGCAGGCAAAACCACUUUCCUAGGCCGAUUUUACCAGUGGCCAUUUCAGCCGAAACUGAAUUCUAUUUGUUAGCUGCUAGUCUCCUAAAUCAUGAUGGGUGGCAUGAAAAGUGCCAAUUUUGAUUAAGCCUUUGAAAAUGUGGAGCUCAGGGUGCUUUCAGUAUGUUCAAAUGUGCUUUUGAUGCCAUUCUGAACAAAAAAGUGGCUGAAACUGGUCAGAGAUCAGGAAAAAUAUGCAUUGUUCAUCAGGUUUUUAUCAUAUUUGGGGAUGAGCCGGACUUACGAAGCUGUCUUCAGUUCUCCAAAGGUGAAUCUAGACCCUGUGCCUAGGCCUGUAGUGAAACAUUUUAAUGGUAUUUGCCGCUGUUUCUUUAAGUUAAAUUAAGUGCAAGCUUUGAGUGUUGACGAAGAUGCACUUGGGGUAGGGGGAUGUCGGAGUGUUAAAAAACACACUUGGGGUAUGGGUAGGGGAAUGUCCAGGUUUCAAUUAUAAGGAGAGACUAUUGGAGGGAAUUGUGUACAAGUGGCCAUCCAUGUGUUUUGGUAUCGGGUCUCCAAAUCGAAGAAAUUGUUUACGUCAUGCCCAAGAUCAUCAUGGUAGGUCAUUUAUUACCCAGUACUUUUAAGGCCACACCAGUUUAAUCCAUUGGAUAGCAGGCCCGAUUGCUUGUCUUUUUUCCCAAUGUGGAUGAUAUUUCUUUUUCACAACAGCCAACAACCAGAACCAAAAAACACAAACAAGAAUGAAAUAUAUAGAAAAAUUGUGUUGCUUGUGUUCCAUUUGUCACAUCUAGAUGUACCAUAAUUAGUUCGUAAUAAUUGAAGUUUGACCGUGUAAACAGAAUUCCAAGUGUGCUGAGGUGAUGUUGUUUGCAAAAGGUUUUGUAUUGAUUGCGAGGUUUAAAUUUUUCCCCUUCUUCCAAUGAAGAAAAAAUUGCCUCCUCCCCUGCUAUUUAUCAAGGUAUUAAGUUGGUGUGGCCUGAUGUUUAGAUGCAUUUAUCUUUGCCCUGUUGUUUUUGUUGUGCCUAAAUUCUUCUUGAUUUUAAACGACUGCUGCUAUAUUUCUGAGGGACUGACUUCCUGCUGCCAAUAAAUCGCAAUAGGAUGAGAUUAGGCAUGACAUUUGCUCUUGAUAUUUUACUAUGGGGAAUACUGAAGAUCUAGUGGAUUGGUCACUGAACUACUAGAAUCUCAGAAAAAUGCAGCUUUUGUUACAAAAACAUUUCCCCUUGAUAAGGACCUCUGACUUCCGAGGCUUCAUUUACGCCAUCUGUCAUGAAAUUGAUAGUGAAGUUGAGAUUUCCCAAACUAUAAACUAUAAACACAGCGAAUGCCUACAAUGAACAACAUUUAAGAGAAGCAGGCUGUUUGUUUGUGCCUCUGUUCUGGAAUCUUAGCCUGACUGGUAUUUGUGAACCGUUGGCGUCUUGUUGGAUUUUAAAAACUGACAUUUUGGUAGGGAGGGUAUUGCCUUGGUUUUGAAGACAAGCCAGAACAGUUUGAACCAUUACCCAUUGGCAUUUUGCGAGAGUCUUAUUGGUACAAAACAUGCUGAAGGGUCGUUCCGUGUCAAAAACGGGCUGAAGUGAUGAACCCAAAACAAGUGGAGUUCAUCAGGUUAUCGAUUUGUGAGUUGUGUUUUGUUUGAAGAUCGUCCUCGUCUCGUUGUUUUUGGUCACAGAAUUUGCCGCAAGUUUCUUUUAUAUAUUUACAGAUGAAUUGGGGUUGGCUGGGGAUACACGUUAACAUUUUCUUUAGUUUGGAAGCUGGGAUUAUUAUGAAUAUUGUACAUGUCCGCUUUUGUUUGUUUGGAAGCUAAAAGGGAUGUUUCAAAAAUCCUUACCUUUAAAUUUGUACAUGUCAGCUUUUGUGCUGUGUUGGUGUGGUUCAACGUCGGUCGGCUGACUCGAGAACGAAACAUCAAAACAUCUCUUUUUUCGAAAAUCCGUUCUCCAGCUGAAUAGUGUAAACUGUACCUUUUGGCAAUCGUCACAUCCAGAGUGGAGGUGUGAUGAUAUCUUUGGGGAGAUAUGAUUUUGAAGCAUGGUAUUUAUUGAUGAUAUUUUCCUCAAGAUGUGCAUUAAAAUGUCACGCAUUUUAUUCAUUGCUUUUUUGCACCUUUUUUGUUACCGUGUCUUGGUUAUAGAUGGCGCUUCUUGGAAAAACUUGAUCAUGUGAUAAUUCAGUGGAGGUUUUUCCAAGUUUUGUAGUCGAGCUUUCUCAGUGCAGCAACUUUUAAAUGCCUGCUAAACAGGCUAUCAUUUUCCUUCCAAGACUGGCGAUGACAUUUCAUUUGUAACACCCUGUAUAUUGAUGUUGUUUUCUGUCUCAAAUCUUCCCUGGUUCAACCCCAAAUCUCUGGUGACCAUCUUCAACGUUUGCAUUUUGAGGGACGGCACGCUUUGUCUGACAUGGCAAAUUUUCAGCCAUUCUAAAGGCAAAAAUGAUGAAUUUAUCAAAAAAUGUGUUCAAAAAACGUUUGCUUCGAUUCUGUAAUGUAAAAAUGGUAGAAACUGUUCAAAUCUUUUAUAUAUAAUAAAAAGAUGGAUAACGUAAUUCUCA